CACCUUCCGGUGGGUGGGGAUGUGUGUGGACAACUUGGUGCGCCAUGGAGGCUGAGGAAAUCUACAUGAACCGGGAGGUCAAGAUGCAGGCGGCAGCCUUCAAAGAGAAACGGGGGGCCCCAGCCAAUAAAGGUGCAGGUGACCCCAACUAUGAAAAUAUUGUCUUGAACUUCAGAAACCGGGACCAGCCAAAGAGUGCCCAUUCAUCGCCCAAGAAUCAGGUCCCCUCCCGGUCCAGGUCACUCUUGAAGUCUUCCCAGGUCCCCCACUGGUUACACACAGCCCUCCUGAGCCUGUACAUUCUCCUCACCCUGGUCUGCAUCAUUCUCUUGGCCUUGAUCCUGGUGAAGAAUUUGGAGACAAGCCAGGAGCUGCUGCACUUGAAAAGAGAGCUCUCCAACGUCUCCCUCUUGGUGCAACAGUGCCAGGAGGAACAGAAGCUGAGCAGGGAAGACAUCCUGAAGAACAUCAUAGCGGUCAAGAAGAACAUCGGCAUGGUCCAGGACAAAGUCCAGCACAUGAAUGACAAUCUGAAGGGCCUGUCAAAAGAUGUAAGUAACAUCACGACGAACGUAAAGAAAAUCUUUGGGGAGCUGGAGAAGCAGGCAAACAAGCCCACACCUUGAUCAAUGACAUCAAAGCCCUGGCUGCCACAUGGAGGAUGGGGCGGUGCCUUCCCUUGAAGAUGGAAAAUGGGGGCCCCAGCCUGGUCUGAACCUGUUCUUCAUUCCCACAUAUAAAAAAAUCACGUGUCAUGGUGAAUGCGUGUUGUCGAGUUGUGGAAUUGCGUGUGUGCCUGUGUGCGUGUGUAGGGUGGUUAGCAUUUCAUGGAGGGCGAGCAUUUUGGUGCGUCCCACAGGAAGGGGUCAUGGGUACAUAUUAAAUGCAGGAGUCACAGCGAGUGUGGGGGCGUAUUGUGUGUAUUGUGAUGUGUUGUGAGUGUAAUGCACAUCACGGUGGGUGGCUGUGUCACCACAAAGAUAAGUCACUGUGAGUGUGGGUGCUGGCAACGUGUGUUGCCCUGUCGGUGUAAAUACACAAGUGUCCUGUAGUAUGUUGUAUGUACAAAUGUGUCAUGGCGGAGGUGUGUGUGGAGCACACUGUAAGAAUGUAUCGCUGUAACUGUGGGUGUCAUGGUGUGUCAUUACCCGUUCCCGCACGAAUGAAUAUGUGUCAACGUGAGUGAGCCUGAUUAUAUCACUGAGGGUGUUUAGAGCAUGUACACGUGUGUGUCUAUG